AUGCAGAUACGUGAAGGUGACGGUGGUGGUGGUGGUGGUGAUGAUGUGGCCUCGUUGUUCAACUGCACCCUCGGAGGGUGCUGGAAACACCCGCCUCUGCAGCGGGCCGUCAUCGUCACCUCCCUGGUGACGCUCAUCUUCGCCACGCCAAACCAGGUCGCGGGCAACGCGUGCGUGUGUCUGGCGGUGGCGCUCACGCGCCGCUUGCGCACUCUCACCAACUGCUUCACGGCGUCGCUCGCGGUCGCCGACCUCCUCCUGGGUGUGCUGGUGCUGCCCUUCUCGGCCUUCGUAGAGCUCCACUCGUCGUGGCCUCUCGGGCCCACCUUCUGCAACGUCUACACAAGCUCGGACGUGAUGCUGUGCACGGCCUCCAUCCUGCACCUGCUGGCGAUCGGCGUGGAUCGCUACUGCGCCGUGUCCUCUCCGUUCACCUACGCGUGCAGGGUGACCCGCGGGCGGGUCGCGGCAAGCCUGGCUGUCAUCUGGCUCGUGUCCCUCGCCGUGUCCUUCCCUCCUCUGCACCUGGGCUGGAACACGGAGGAUGGCACCCCGCAGAACAGGGGCCCCGGGGACCCCGCCGAUCGCUGCGUGUUCGAGCUGAACCGCGGAUACGUCCUCUUCGACGCCACGGGCACCUUCUACGUGCCGCUCGCUCUCUUGCUGUUCACCUACAGCCGCGUGCUCAUCGUGGCUCGCGCGCAGGCCAGGAGGAUAGGCGCCGCGACGGUGGGGCGACGACGAGGAGGAGGUGGAGGAUGGAUUCGACGAGGAGGAGGAGGUGGUGGUAGAGGAGAUGCUGGAGGAGACGCGGGGGAAGACGGUAGAAGAGGCAGAGGAGGAGAUAGGGGAAGAGGAAAUGGUGAAGGUAAUGGUGGGGGAGGAGGUACAAGAGGAGGAGAGGGAGGAAUUGUCGGUGGAAGAUCAAUAUGCGGAGACGGUAGAGAGAAUGGAGGAGGAGAAAGAGGGGAAGCGCGAGGUGGAUUUGAAGACAGACGACGACCAAGAGGAGCAGCAGCAGCAGGCGAAUCAGGAGGAGGAGGAGGGAGAGGAGGAGAAGGAAGACUCCACCAGCCGCUCACGCUGGCCACGCUCAGGGAGCACAAGGCCACGGCCACGCUCUCGGCGGUGAUGGGCGCCUUCGUCACGUGCUGGUUCCCAUACUUCACUGUGUUCACCUUUCAGGGCGUCACGGGAGCCUCGGUGGAGGCGAACGCCUUCGCCGUGGUGCUGUGGCUCGGCUACGCCAACUCGGCGCUCAACCCGCUCAUCUACGCGACCCUCAACCGCGACUUCAGAGUCGCCUUCGCGAAGCUCCUGCGCUGCGGGCGCCCAGGGAGGGCAACACCAGCGCCACCGCCUGCUCGUUCACCGUAGACGUGGGCAGACGCGCAAAGUAAGGAGUUGAUGGAGGUGGCUUGCGGUGGCGGAGCGAUUUUGGCGCGCUGCGCCAAGAACCCGGCGACCCGAGUUCGAUUUCCCUCUCACGGCCAACAUCGGUGACACAUAGGUGAACCUGUGCUGGG